GAAAUCUAAAAUACAUAGAUUUGCUAGCCUCUUAUUACGCCAAGUUUCAUAUUGCAGCAGCCCUAAUUCCCAAAUUCUUCCGAUAAUUUGUUCACAAAUCCCUAGAAAAAUCCAGAGGGAAUUUUCAAAUCUUACGGUGAUCAACCUGCUUCAGGCCUGUACAAGGAUUAAAGUUAAUUGAGUAAAUUAUCAUGAGAUUCAGAAGAGGAAGUAGAGUUGAGGUGUUUUACCAUCAAAGAGGCGCCUUAUGGUGCGUGGCGAUCAGCGGAGAUUAUAUCGGUAAUGGUCACACUUACAGUGUUAGAUAUUACUCUUUUGAACUUUCUAACAAUGAGGCUGUUGAGGAAAGAGUUCCAAGGAAGAUAAUUAGGCCGUGUCCUCCGCAAAUAGAUGUUGAUAGGUGGGAAGCUGGUGAAUUGGUGGAGGUUCUUGAUAAUAUUUCUUGGAAAACUGCUACGGUCUUGGAGGAGUUAUCUGGAAGAUAUUAUGUCGUUCGGUUACUUGGUGCCAAAGUAUCUUGUUCUGUGAAGUCCUCGACGCUUACUGGAUCAGAUGAACAGCAGAAUCUGAAGCCCUUUCUGAACAGUGUGGUGCCCCAGGAGACUAGUGUUGCUUCUUUAAGAGUGUUGAAGAGACCUUCACCCUGUGAUUCGGCGGAGUCUGCUGAAUCAUGCACAAGAAGUCCUAAGAAGAUACGAUCAUUGGAGGAAGACGGACACCAGCACCGGUUUGCUUCGUCUGAACUUAGGGGUGUUAAAAUGCACGUGCAAGCUUCCUUUAACAAGAAUAAAAGUGGUUUCCGUCAACUGGUCAGGAUGGUGCUAGUCAAGGUGCCGACUCUUAUAGUAAUGAUGCUGAAUCUUCAAAAGAAGCAUUUGGAUGCAGAGAGGAAGCUACGCGAAAACAUUCAUUAUCAGGUAAUGGAGCAGCGGUGUUGGCCAUUCUUCCCUGCAAUGUGGAAUCAACUGUUGUAUAUUGUUCUUUUACCGGAGGAUUCUUAUAAUGAUUGUAUAGACAGCAGAAAGGAAAUUAUGAACAGUGUAGCCAUGUCGGAUGACUGCAGAUCUUUCUUGCUUCUAGAGAUCUUACUCUGAUGCAUGAGGUCAACUGAAUGGUGUUCUUGGAUAAACUCCGUGGACAGGCUUGGAACUGUUCCUAGCCGAAAGAGAAAUAUUUACAGUCUGGUUGCUUAUGUUUGCCGACGAUUGCAAAUGUGUUACCAGUAGAUUGCGGGUCAGAUUCUCAUGAUUUCUCUUCUAACCACUUUUGAUUGUGAAAACUGUCCAUUGCGUUUAUUUUAGUAUAUAAGAAAAUACCCAAUUUCCU